AUGUCACAAGAACAUAAGAAAGCUUUGCGUGUUUUAAUGAAAUCACCAGUCACUGAUGAUAUGAUUAAAUUUUUAACAAACACUACUCUUCAAGUUCUACCUGCUAGUUUACCAACACCUCCAACUUCUCCAUCAGACUCUAAACAACAAAGAUUACCAUCUUUAAUGACAUUCAUUACAAAGUUAGUUAGAUAUACCAACGUCUACACUUCCACAUUAUUAACCACUACUUGUUAUUUGAAGAAAUUACAAAGAAUCUUACCAAAAGAUGCUACUGGUUUACCUUCAACCAUUCAUCGUAUGUUUUUAGCAUGUCUAAUUAUUAGUGCUAAAUAUCAUAACGAUUCUUCUCCUUUGAACAAACAUUGGGCAGAAUAUACUGACGGUUUGUUCUCUUUAGAAGAUGUUAAUUUAAUGGAAAUGCAAUUAUUGGCUUUGCUAAAUUGGGAUUUAAGAAUCAAUGAAAAUGAUUUGAUCUUAGAUUUAAGACAUCUAUUAGAACCAAUCAUGAGAGAUUUGGAAAUUUCUUAUCAAAGAAAGAAAAUUCUCAAAUCAAAGUCAGAACAACACCAAUACAUUCAAAGACCAGUUUCACCAAUUUCACCAACAAAGUCAUAUAAUAAAUUCUAUCGUCAAGUCAGUAGUAGUUCAAUUGAUUCUAAUAUGAGUUCAGCAACUCUAACUGAAUCAAUGAGCGCCAGUAGUUCAAGAUACAGCUUGGCACAAUCUCGCUCUAUAACGCCAGUAAGUGAAAAGACUCCAUUAGUUUUAAACGAUUUAAAAACUGGUUACAGAUCAACCGAUGAAAGUUGGGAUUUUGAACAAAUAAUGGCACAAUAUGGCUUUUAA